UUCAACUUGAUGGUGUUUCGCAAAAGGUAGUUGGCAUCAAAAACAUCCCAGCGAAAAACUGUCCCAUCCUGAGUCACUCUCUGGGAUUAAUUUUUUCUCCAUCUCCUGGAUUGAUGGUCCGCCUCCUCCUCCUCUUUUCCCUCCGCAGCAGUGUCCUCGCUGACUGCAAGUGUUUGGCUUAGAUUUGGCCUAUUUGGCAACCACCAGCUCUUAGGGGGAAGCAGUCACGUUGCAGAGCCACGUGCCAGUGCAGCGAGCGACUGGAAAGCAGCCCGGAAUGUGAAAGUUAAUCAGCCGAAGAGCAACAGCUUUACAAACUGCACAUGAGGCAGGGCGGCCGGGCUGGGGGAGGGGGGAAACACUAUGAAGAAGAGAGCAGCAGUACACGACGGAAUCUGUCCAUUCUGCAGCCAUCAGCACACAGCAGCAGGAUAAAUCGCCUCUCAGUCAUUCCCUGCUGCUGGGGAGCCUUUGCUAGGUGGUGAGGGAGGGGAAACCAAACAUCUGGAUGUCAACAAGACUCUUCUGUGAAGUCUGGAAGUGACAAGUGCCAUCUUUCUCCACAUCGGGGCAGCUGCGUCCCAGAUCCGUGCGGGAAAAGCGAGCAAUCCCCUUGUGGGAGAGGCAAACGUGACAAGCAGCGAGAGCCCCUACAUGGAAUCGUUGCUCUGUACGCUCGUCGGUGAGCGGUGGAUUGGAGAGCAAAUGGAGUGGAGACCAGUGAAGGCAAACCGUGUACGAAGGAACCUCUUCGGCCCUGUGGACCAUGAGCAGCUGCAGCAGGACUUCCAGCACAUGCUGCGCAGCAGCAUGGAGGGAGCCCAGCAGAAGUGGAACUUUGACUUCUUGCGAGACGUGCCAGCUGAGGGGCUCCUGCAAUGGGAAGAACUACAGAGCCACGAUGUCCCGGCCUUUUACCACAGUUGUGUGGUGAGUGAGGCUCGCAAGCCAUUGAAGCCCUUGAACCAGGGCGUAGUCAAGGAGGUCAAGACUCACCACUUUGCCACAGUGACACUGACUGAGAACCCCAAAGUUGCCAAGAAAAUGUCAGGCAAGAAGAGCCAAGCAGGGAAGAAACGAAGACAGACAUCCUUGACAGAUUACUACUCAGCUAAGAAGCAAGUCAAAACUAACACUCAAGCUGCUGCAAAGAAUUUGGCUUUCUGAAAUGAAACACAGGAUUGAUCUGCACUAGAGAUGUUAUAAAGAGCUGCCAAGUUUAUUUGACAUUCAGAAAUUGUGUGUGCAGGCUACAAAUGCUUGAGGGCAUCACAUGGAUUGAUAUAUUCAUGAAAGAACUGAUGGAAAGUCUUAUAAACACAACAAAACUCGCAUUGGAAUGAGGUUAAACUGGAAGCCCCUUUGCUAAGGGUCACUGGCCUUAAAGGUGUUGGUAAGCAAAUUUGGAAAUGUUACGGGAAUUGGCUAAUAGUAGCAACUUAACCAUGUGCGUUUAAAAGAAUACUGCAUAUGAGAAAGCAGUAAACAUAAGAUUAAACAGCUGUACAAAUGUACUGCUAUGUUUGAACAUGUCAAAAUAUGACCAAGACCAUAUGAUAUUUCCUAUUUUGUAUAUUUUACAUCUUUAAUGUAUAGCUUGUUCCCUAUUUCUAAGAGUGAUGGCUUAUCCAAUCAAUAAGCUUCAACAGCUAAACUCUACAGAUCUGAUUUUUUUUAAAAAGUUCCCAACCCAGCCUACAAUUUUUAAGGUGCAAAAUUGUGGUUAUACUUUUGUACCCACAACUAUUUGUGGACAUAAAUGGUGGUAUUUAUGUGGCAAAUUCUCUGCUGCUGUAAAUGGACACAGCUGUAGUUACUUCAGCGGAGUUUUGCCCAUUUACAUCGGUAGAGAAUUUGGUCCUACGUGUCUGUCUACUUGACUGUGUUAAAAAAUCAUGGUGUUAACAUGUGACUGUUGAAAAUUUAUGUCUGCAAAUUUGCACCCAUGAAAUCAGGGAUCUUAUGUUAAAAUCAUUCCCUAUAUCUGCUGGGGCAAAUAUAGCCUUCAUUUUCACCUGUGCAACUCCAUUGAGACCAAUGCGUGUGUGAAAAUGAGAGCAAUAUUUGCCCUGUUGGCACAGUGUUUUGUAAUGCAGGUUACUAUGGAGACAUUUGGCCAGAUUCAUAAAGAAACGUAGGCAUGGUGGUGCUCAGCAUCAUCACACCUAACUUUUAGGUUCCUAGGAACUUCCUAGGAUUCACAAAACCUGAGUUCAGUGCCUAGGCUCCCUGUACAGUGAAUGGAGGGAGAUAGGUGCCUCAGAAUUGGAUUCACAAAAGCCAGCAGGCUAGGCAGCUCCUUGCCCAUGCUAGCAAUUGGGAGAUGCCAAAAUUAGGGGGGAAGGGGUGAUAAGCUGCACCCCUGUCAGUGAGAUGUGUGUUGAAGUCUGGGCUGCAGGGAGGUACCUCAUUUGGCUUCCGAUUCUCAUGUGCAAGCCCUCUCUUGGGGUUAGUCUACACUGCUUUAGCAAGAUUUUGGGGGGUCGGGGGAAAACCACCCACAUAACUUUGAGCCCAGUGGUUCGGGUACUCAGAGGCGGUAGGUCCAAGUUCAAAACUCUUCCCCCCCAUAAGUGAAGGUGGGACUAGAACUGGGGGUUCCCACAUCCCAGGUAUAAGCACCCUAACCACAGGGCUAAAACAUUGGAGGGAGGGCAUCCUCUUUGCUCACCUCCAGCCAUUUUGUGUAUGCUCGUGUAUAGGGGCCCAAUCCAGUAGUUAAGCUCUGAAGAUGCUUACCAGAUUGUCCCCUGCAGGAAAGUUGGGCAGAGGAACUCCUGUCUUUCCUUGGUUCAUGCAUCACUCUGGGGUUAAGUAUCUGGAUGCCUAGCAUGUGGCUGCAGUGUGCACGCUCAGAGGAAGAGCCAUAGGUGCCUAGGGAAUAUUUCCUGCUGAAAUGUAGGUGCUGAGUGAGUUUAGGCACCUACAGGAUUUGGUGGCAGCUGGGACUGGGAUGGGAUUUGUGAAUCCUAUUGUUGCCUGAUUCUGGGAUUUGGGCACCUAAAGUGGCAGUUAAGCACCUAAGUCCUUUUAUGAAUUUAGCCCAUUGUUUUUUUAUUUUUAUUUUUUAAGUCUGCAUCAUGGUGUUUCCAUUACUAUUUAGGAUUUUUGUACAAGAAGAGAAAAAGUUUAAUAGCACUAGCUCAUCUAUCCCUCUUGGCAUUGCAUGGAUUAUUAUUUCUAGGUGUUUUUGUACCACACACGCUUCCUUUCUAUUUCCCUUCUCCACUCCACUCACCAAUUUGGAUAAUUGGGUUUUAUGGCUCUUGGCAGCCAGUGUGUAAAAUGUAAAGAGAAACCUACAAAAUAUACAUUUUACAUUAUUCUUGUUCAUAUGGACUUGAGUAAGCUGCUGUGUUUCAUAAACGAGUUUGGAAAGACCGCUGUGAUUUGGGCAUUUUAGAAAUUACACGAUUGAGAACUGCUUGUUGCCUAAAAUCUAAAUAUACGAAGUCUUGUACAGUAGAUUUUGUCUGGGUAUAUACAUAUUUGUGUAUGCUAUACACAUGGGAUCCAGUUUAUACAUGCUCACACAGAUAUUACAUGCAACACCAAGACAGGAUAAUUAUUUUUCCAUAGGAACAGUGAUGUUUAGAUGUAAACAACAGUUCAUUAAAGCUACCAAAAUAUACCCAAUUUUAAUGAGAAAAGGCAGUGAAUCAAGCCUGUUCCUUUAUGUGCUGAGCUACGAGCUCUCAGCAUGUUGCAGGCAUAGGUGCUGAAACUAGGAGUACAGAGGGUGCUGCUGCACCCCCUGGCUUGACGUGGUUUCGACCAUAUACAGGGUUUACAGUUUGAGUCAGUGGGUCUUAGCACCCCCACUAUACAAAUUGUUCCAGCACCCCUGGUUGCUGAGUCUAUAUUUUCAACUCCAGGCAAGUGAGAGUCAAGAGAAAUUAUUUCUCUUUUUAGUCUUUGACCUGGGAACCACAGAAACAAAGGGCCCAAUCCUGCUCCUACUAAAAUCAAUGGGAGUUUUACACAAUGGAGUCAGGAUGAGACUCCAAAUGGAAAAUAUUGUGAGUUAACUGAGUGUGUGUGUUUGUAUGCUCAGCAAUCCUGUUACAAUAGAGAUGGCAUGCUGGGAAAUAGUAUGUUUUCUUACUUCUGGUGAUAACUAAGACAAAUCUAUUUUUUUAAGUGUGUGAUUUUCUCUGAUUUGAAAAAAAAAUUGCACAACCUUAUGUUUUCUGUGUGUUUGUGUGUUUUUAAAAUCAGACCGACGACACUGUGUACCUUCUUGUUUUGUAGUGAUGUGCUAAGCAGCCUUAUUUUCUGAUCAGUAUGACAGGAGCUGCACAAAAAAAAGACUGUACAUCUGUCAUGCGCAAGGUUACCAUGAUGUUGCCUUGUUUUCUUAUAGGGGAAAAGGGAUACCUCUUUUAGAGGAAAAUUCUGAUAGCUUGUCAGGAUUUGAGCUUGUCAAGGCGUGAGACUGCAGGUUAGAAUUUAGCCCAUCCAAAUUUCUAACAUCUCUGCCAGUUAUGAUUGUGAAUAUUAGCUCAGAAUGUUAUAGUUAAUAAAAAAAAUCUGCUGGCAAGAUGCAGGGAUAUCUUGUGGCUUGAUAUCUAUAUAUAUUUUUAAAGUUUCUUAAUUACACAAUAUUGUAAAUGAGGGUACAGUGUACAGAAAGAAAGAGUUUUAUUUUCUUACUGCUCCACUCCAUGGUGGGUGCAGUUAGGAUGUCCUGAUACUAAGUAAUAUAGGACCAGAUGCUCAGCUAGUGUGAAUUCUUGUAGCUCACUGAACUGCGGUGGAGUUUAUACCAGCAGAGGACCUGGCCAGAGGUAUUUUGCACUAGUGCCUUGUGUUACUACAGACCAGAAGUUUAUGACAAGCAGCUAAUCAAUUGCAUACAUAAGCUGCCUCCUCUCUGUGCACAAAUUCAUAUGAGUACUGCAAUAGCAGUCCUGCAGCUAUUAGCCCUACUGCUGAGAAUGACAACAGGCCUCUGAUUGGUUGCUGAGGUUUGUCAUGCAUGGGAUAGAGAACAGACUAUUCGAAAUCUUCUUUUAUUCAAUAGUUAACAUUCUGAUGGAGAGGUAUUUUAACAAGGAAACAUGGAGUCAACAUCUUUUUUUUCCCUUUUAUCCUGUGAAUUGCACUUUCCUGUCAAACACAAUUUAGAAUUUUCUUUACAGAGACAUUUCAGUAGUAAUACCUAAUAAUAAUACCGAGCAGCAAAAAAUAAAAUAAUUAAAUGGGCCCAAAACAUUCCCAGUCUUUAAAUGUAUGGGAAAGGAGGCAGACCCACUUGAAGUUAAGCAGUAUACUGUAGCUUUAGUAUAUGUUUAGUUCCAUUUAAGUAUACAGUGCUCUGACUGAACUAAAUAUUAUACAGUAAUGAAGCUGUUUGAGGCAUAUUUGCUGACCAUUGACUUUGAUUGGCUGCCUGCGUGUCUGACACAGACCAACAAUCAAAUCCCCAAGUAGCACUUUUUCAUAAGGAGACGCAAGGUGCUGUGUUCUGGAACUGACAUAAAUUGGGCAUUAAAGAGGUGGUAGCAGCACUGUUUCAAGGUAUCUUAAAUGUACUUCUGAUUACACAGCUGAGGGAGAACUAAAUCAGGAAUCCAUGAUAUUUAAUUGUUUUAACCUCCACCUGUUAAUAAAUAGACAGCUAAUCCCUCUGAGCUCCCUUUCUCAGGUAUAGAUCAUUUCAUUCAAGUCCUUUGGCAGCAAUUGAGGAAAUGGGGCCACAUCAGCAAGAUAGCCAGGAAAAGUGACACUAGAUGCUUUCGGUUAUUUUCAGGAUAGAACAAAUAGAGCUUUCUUCUACAACUUCUCUGCAACUAUCAUAGGGACCCUUCUGUAGGUCAGUAUUGUUUUUCUGGAGAACCUAUGGAUGAGUUACAGUAGACACCUAUAUUCUGCCAUUAGCUUUUGGAUCUUUAUUAAUGGGUGGAUGGAGGGACUUAUUUAUUCCAAAGCUUGUGAACUGCUGUGAGAAAAGUGGAUUUUCUCCAUUCAAAUGGCAAAUCUAAUGGGUCAACAAAGUGCAUUCUGAAAUUCAGAGGGUUUAUGUUAUACAAGGUACUUUAUUUCAGGUAUUAAUUUUGCUUUGCUUGGAAUCUUGUAAUACUGUAGGUUCAAUGCAUUUCAAUGUAAGAGUGUUGAUGUGUGAAGUGUUUGGUUGUCAACUGUGGAUAUUUGCAAUAUCAUAAAUAAAAACUGGUUCAUUUCUUGUGUUUUUUUAC